AUGAGGGUUAGACGGCUGCAGAGCUACCUAACAGAGCGGAAUCUCCUGAAAAAGAGUGCACUGGAUGACAUAAAGAAUUUAACGUUAGGGGUAGAUGCGCUAUACUUUCUACGAACGUGCAGUGAGUUGAAAGAUGUUCUAAGUGACGUGUCGGGGUGUAUUUCUCCAUGUAUAUUUCACCUUAUAGACAAGCAAUGUGAGCAUUUCAAGAGUCUAAACAUAGAGGUGAUCUUCGUGUUUGAUGGGAUUACGCCCAGGGCCCACAAACUUUUUUCAGCACCAGUGCACCAGAAUAUAGAAGAGGGAUGGCUGUAUUAUGUAAACAGGGAGAAGAAGCUAUCGAAUUCAAAUUUCGAAAAAGUAUCCAACAUAUGUAAUUCGGAUGUUUCUUUUAUAUUGUUCCAUUAUUUAAAAAAUAAAGGAUUCAAAUGUAUGUAUGCUCCUUAUCUAGCCAUUUCACAGCUGUCCUAUUUUGUACAUAUCCAUUUGAUAGAUUUAGUGUUUGGUCCUCCGACGAUUAUCCUGCAGAAUGUGUCGAAAGUUAUUCUAAAUUUCGAAUGGAAGGAGAAUUAUUUCGAAUGGGUGGACUUAUUAUUUUUACUGAAGAUUUGGAAUGUAACGAAUGAGCAGCUUCUUGAUGCAUGUUUAUUAGCAGGUACAGAAUAUUGUUUAACUUUUCCUUACUUAAAUUUGUCUCACUUUAACCAUGGGAGGAAUGAAUUCAGCUUCGAGACAGCCAUCGAAUUUAUCAAGCAGGCAUCUCUCGUAAGAUACUUAGAACACCUUCCAAAUGAUGAAGUAGGGGCAAAUCAUAUCCAAGGGUAUUGUGUUUGUAAAGCGCUUUUAAAAUUCCCUAUCGUUUUGCUUUGCAGUGGGGAGGUGGAUUUUUUCUCCAACAGCGGUGAAGUGAAAGGGGAUGACUUGGAGGCAAGUUGCCAGGGGGGGAAACAGAUGGAUGGCGAAAGGGAGGACCGCUCAAAGGGGGAAGCGGUGGAGAAUUCGCGCAAUGUAGAUGUGCACGGUGUGAAAAAUGGGGACAGUGUGCAUAACUCGCUGCGUCAUGGAGACGGUGCGGAGGGGAAGGAUGAUGCUCCCACGUUGGAAGAGACCCGCAAAGUGGGGAAGGAUAGUCGAGGCGUGUCUCCAAGUUGCGGUGAAGCAGGAAGACCAGCUCCAUCCGGCCAAUUAGAUCGACCGGGGGACGCCAUUUCGCCCGGGAAAGGAGCGAACGAAGGGCAUGCCGAGGCAAGCAAGAAUGUAACCAUCGCGUACAAAGAGGGAGGUACUGUGCGAAGUGGCGAAGAAAGCAAUGCGCCACAGCGAAAAUCGUAUAACAAUGGCGAAGCAGAUAAGAACAACGUCGGAUGUUUCGUCUCUAGUAGUGAUCACAUGCAGAAGAAUGAACCGCUUAUCCCCAGAAAUGGAGCAAAUUGCCUGAACAAGGAAGAGAUGUCGGGGGAAGGCAACCUCAAGGGAAAAACAAAAACGAAGGAAGAAAAAGAAGAAGAAAAAAAAAGCUUCAAUGUUGAGCAGGUCAUACCGGAAAAUUAUUUAAAAGUGGUUGGAGCCAAGUUUCCCACGAGCGUUUAUUAUCUAAUGUCCAUUGGACUUCUCAGCAAAAAGAUCUUAUGUGUUCUAGCGUUAGGAGAGUGGAUAGAUUACACACACCCGAUAAUCGAUUCGUUUGAGUAUAGAGACUCGCUGAUGGAUUUACGAGAGUAUCGCUGCCGGAUGUUGGGACUCAUUUCGGUGAAGUUGAAUCCAUUUUUUUACAAAAGGAAGAUCAAAUUUUUUGAUUAUGGAUACUAUGUGAAUAAUAUUCUGGACGGAAAGGACAACUUCACGUACCUCGAUGUACAACUGGUGGAUGGUUUUCUGUGGGACAUCAAUAAGGCAAACGUGAGUGAAGAGAUAAAGAGACAGAACAUCAGCAAGGUUGACUUGCAGUUCAUUUUGCGGUGGCAUUUGUACUCGGAGAGCAGGAGCAUAUCGCUUGUCUGCGGCGUGCCCGAAUCGGACGAGGGGAGCGCCUGCGGUAGGAGUGGGAACAGCACCAGAAGUGGAAGCAGCGGUAGAGGCAGUAGAAGUGGCGAUAGUCGCAGGAGCGGAGGGAAUGGCCGCGUCACGGGAGAAGCGGCACAGAGCUCAGGAGGGUACACAGGGGAUGAGCAGGAUGUGGAAGAUGGAUCCAUCGUGGGGGGCUCCUCCGACGGGGAGGACAUCUCCAACACGGGUGAUGCAUCCGACGUGGAAAGUGCAGCCAAGGGCGAGUCGCGCUCAGACCAACUGACGAAGCAUUACAAUGACUACUACAAAAAGCUGCUCAACGUGAGCAACCAGAAUUUCGAAAGCAUCCUCUCCCUGGUGUACUACAUGUUUCUGGAAAAUCUGGGAAUCUUUACCAAAAAUUGCGGAGUGACUGUUUUUGGUCUUCUCCUCUCAGAAGUGAGAAACAAAGAUAUCGACAGCAACAUUCUGAUCAUAUUUGAAUUGUUGAAAUUCGGCUUCUUAACCACCGAGCCAUUGGUACCUCCAAAUGGGAAGUCUUAUCCAGAAAAUGCAUACGCGUCUGUCUUGAAGUGUAAAGAUUUGACUGAACAGGAUAAAAAAAGUGUUACCCUUUUGUCUCGCAUAUAUUCACUAUACAAUGUAGACAUAGACAAACGUACAACAUAUGAUGGACUCAUUGACUUUGAUCUGUGUGCCUUUUUCGCUGUCGUGAAAAUUAUUAAAAAAACGUUGAGACAGUUGCUACAAGCAUGUGUUGCCAAUGUGCUUAUAAGUAAUAUGGAUUUAAUUCACCUUUUUCCGGAAAAUCUGUACAAUCCUAAUGAUAGCAGCAUUUCCGGUUUUUUCGUAACACACCAUCUUAUGGGUGUUUUAACGAAAUAUUUUUUGCUAUUCAAUUUUGACGAUUUAGAAAAGGGAGAGAAGACGACCUUCCGUAACGGUUCAGGGGGCUCCACCAGUGAAAGCGAAACGACUACCUCUGAAAGGGCACAUGGAGGGGGGGUAAAAUCUGCAGCGGUAGUAGAGGGAAAGGUACAGAGUGAAAUGAUCAUGGGAGAUGCGGAAGAGAAUAACUCCAAGAUUAACCACAUAAGUCGAGACGGAAGGGAUGAAAAAGUCGCCCAAGGGGACUCACCCCUCCCACUUCAAAACGGAGAGGUUAGCAAAAUGGAGCCUGUUGAACAGAGGGAUUUUCAAGAGUUGAAAAAGAAUUCUUCGAGGAGUGAUUCAAAUAAGCAUAAUGAAGAAGUAGAAUCAAGUGAUGCUAACAGUUGGAAGGGUUGCACCACACGUAAUAACAAACCGAAUGAGGACAAUGCCUAUGAGGGGGACAGCACUGUGGAGGAGGUGUGCAUUGAUCAGGGGAAGGGGUUCAUCGGUGGAGAGAUUCAAGGGGAGGGAAGUGGAUCAAACAGUGACGAUAUCGUGGGUGGAAGCGGCGCACGAAGGAGGAGCAGCGAGGGAGCUGGUAGCGACAGCUACGAAUGCGAAGAGGCGGAGAAGGGAGGAAGACGAGACGGCCAUUACCCCAAGGGGGAAGAUAAUUCACAAAACAACUUUAACGAAUUUGAAAAGGCGGUGAGGAAAAACUUCCCGAGCUUCCUAAACCCAAUCAUUGAUUUAUGUAAUGCCAUAAACACAUGGAGGGACCACCUAAGUUUGAUCACGCAGCUGGAGAAGCAUACCAAUGUGUACGACCUGGUCUCAGACCUCAAGGCGGCAGAUCAAUUUUUGCAGAAAAAAAUUCACUACAUAGGGUUGGACAAGACGACGGCGUACAGGAACAUUUGCGCUUCGAACAAUGCGUAA